CUUGGCAAAAUAAACGACGUGAUGUUUACUAUUCGCGAUAAUCGUUACGAAAAUUAAUUUGGAUUAAUGAUUUGUUUAUAUUUAUUAUAUUUAUAAACAUAAAUUAUAAUUAAAAUAAGCUAAUGAAAGUCGGCGAAGCCAGUAAUUUUAGAUACGAGAGAAAUGACAUUCUCACUUUUGUAGAGAUGCCCUUUCAAGGAUUUGCAGCUAGCAACUUCACUUAUUUUUCAUUCCAGAAAGAGACUCCUACAGCUCAUCAGCUUCAUUUAGCUGCUUUAAAGGGAGAUCUGACUAGUCUCGUCACAGUUCUGGAUAGUGGAAAAGUCUACAUCGACUGCACUGACGUAGAAGGAACAACAGCUCUUAUUCUUGCUUGUGCAAAUAACCAUUAUGAAUGUGCCAAAGUACUGUUGGAAGAAGGUUCAAAUGUUGCUGCAUGUAGAAAAACUGGAACAACAGCAUUAUUUUUUGCUGCCCAAGGAGGUUAUUUGGAUAUUGUACAAUUACUUCUUAAAUACAAAGCUCCAGUUGACACUCCAAGCAUGGAUGGUGGAACACCUUUGCUUGUUGCCUGUCAGUGUAAUCAAUUAGAUAUUGUACAAGAAUUAUAUAAUCAUGGAGCAAAUAUUAACAUACAGAUGUCGGAUAAAGCAACUCCGCUGUUUGUUGCUGCUCAAAAUGGUCAUCUUAAAAUUGUCUCUUUUCUACUGGGUUUGAGUGCUGAUGUUAAUGCCAGACGAACAGAUGGAGCAACACCAUUAUGGAUUGCUUGUCAAAUGGGUCAUACAGCUGUUGUACGAGAAUUAUUAGAAAAAGAUGCUGAAGUAGAUGCUACUAGAUUAGAUGGUGCAACUCCUUUAUUUAAGGCAGCUCAUAAAGGAUAUUCUGAAAUUGUUGAGCUUCUUAUAAAAAGAGGAGCUUCUCUUGGACUUUUAAAAAAUGGAGAAAGUGCUCUUCAUACAGCUGCUCUUUUUGAUCAUUUGCCUAUUGUGAAAAUUUUAAUAGCAGCAGGAGCUGAUCCAGAAUUAAAAAAUCAAGAUGGACUUACACCUUUAGAAUUAGCUCAAGAGGCAGGAAAUGUUGUAGUAACAGAGUUCCUACAAAAAAUUAUAUCAUCUAGAAAAAUUCCGGAUCAUAUACGUGCCUCGUGAUAAUAUCCAAAUCACUGUAUUUGUAAAGUGUAAUAAAUUUUCUUUAAUUUUUCUACAUGUAUAUUUUAAUUUAAAUAUGUCAGGAAUUUACAUAAUUGUUUUGUUACUUUACUAUCAAAAUCUUAUAUCAAUUGAAAAAAUUCCAUAUUUAAAUUAUUAUAAAUUUAUCUGUCUU